CGCAAAUUCAUACUGAUGAUGUCUCUAAUUUGUUUAUAAUUCUCAACACAUUUUGUGUUUUUCAAUUAUUUUCUCAAGACAAUCUAGAGCAGCUCUGAUAGGUUCUGCUUUCAGAACGCUUGCUGCAUUUUCAAUGAGCCUAACGCUGCAAACCUGAUUUCGAAAAUGUGAACAGAAUCAGGAAUGUUGUUGAGUUGACUGCCGGAUCAUGCAGAAACAAACGGCUGCAGGCUCUGAGUGGAGCGGGAGGCAGGGAGGGGCAGCGCUCUGCGGGGCACAGCGAUCUGCGGGGCACAGCGAUCUGCGGGGCACAGCGAUCUGCGGGGCACAGCGAUCUGCGGGGCACAGCGAUCUGCGGGGCACAGCGAUCUGCGGGGCACAGCGAUCUGCGGGGCACAGCGAUCUGCGGGGCACAGCGAUCUGCGGGGCACAGCGAUCUGCGGGGCACAGCGAUCUGCGGGGCACAGCGAGCUGCGGGGCACAGCGAGCUGCCAGACACGGUGCUUUGUCCUUCACUCCCACACCGAUCAGGAUGGAUUGGCAUACGGGCAACAGUUGGAAUGACUUUAGCCUGGGCUUUACGUAUCGCCACUGAUUUAUCAGUUCAGAUCGAAGAGGGGCACCCAAGUUUUCUCAAGUGACCGGCUGCUAAUUGAAUCGAUCAUAAUUUCUGAAAGAGAAUUUUGUAUUUUAUCAUCAGGCAGAGUGAGAACUGCAGUCAGAUCAACUCGCUUGCCGAGGACUGCGCCGGAUUGACGCUGCGUUGGUUGGGCAGCUGGAGGCUGAAGUCCGGGAUGCUGCAACCCGGACAGACUGGGAAUCCUGCUCGGUCUCUAACAUCCCAGCACAGCACGUCGCGGUACGACAGCCUGAGAUUGCUGAUCGCCAAGGCUUCUGGCAGAGUUUAAGCAGGACGAAACUGUGCCAUGAAGACUGAGAUGUGGAGAGGCAUUAGACCACCAUCUCCUUCCUGCAGACGGAAGUCGCGUUUCUGUCUACGAGGCAGAAUGAAGAAGGACAGGGUGAUUCAAGGCAAGCUUCGCAUCCGCUCUAUGCCCGGAGCAUUCCUGGUUCUGGGGGUUAUUGUUGUAGCUGUUGGCACUGCUCUGGCUGUAGCUGGUUACUGGCCCUAUCGGUUUUCAAGGUCAUCGAUGGUAGAAGAUACAGAACCGGAAAGCAUUUCGGAUCCGCAGCCAUCCAGUUGGAGCCUGGGUACCAAGGGGCUCUUUUCUCCUGGCAGUCUCCUCCAUGGUGACCGCAUGAAGCUCCUGGGGCCAGUAAUCAUGGGAGUCGGACUAUUCAUCCUGAUAUGUGCAAACACUGUCCUAUAUGAAAAUAGAGAUAGAGAGUCUCAGAUGCUGCUAGCUCAGAUGCACAAUGUUAUCUGCUCUGUAUCAGCAGCUGUGCCCUCUGCAGGCCUCAGAGACUUGGCAGUAGCUAACUCUAUGACCAAACACUAUCAGUGGGUAAGCAGUCUGCCUGCUGCUCAUCUCAAUAUUAUGUGUCUGCAGCAGCUGGCAUGCUCUGAGCCCCUACUGCAGACCACCUAUAUCAGGGAUUCACAUCCAGAGGAGGGCGAUGUAGAAGGCAUCUACCAGCAAACAGACCUGAAGACAGAAGCUCUGACUCAUCACAAAGAGUCAGAGCCUGGACCCUCACCCCCUUCAACCUUGUGUAAGUUAUGUGAUCACUGCCAGGUAGACAGUAAUUCACAGACAGGGGAAGAACUGUGGAGCAAACACUGUUUCAGUUUACCGACUGCCCCACUCCUCAAGCUUAAUUUCUGCCUUGUGUCUGCUAGUUCCAUGUCCAAUCUUAAGCUGGAAGAAGUGGAUUUUCCAGCUGCCCAACACAGGCGUUGUCAGAGUAUGAGCUACAGGACUAAGCCUAACAAAGCCCAAAUUGGGCUGCACUUUGAGAAGGAACUCUUCCCAUUCAAAAAGAACAUUCAGACAAAUCAGCUCCAAAUCAAUAACAACGAAAUAAGUUCCCAGGCUUGUGUCAGGAUCCCUGUAGAGACGACAGAUGCAGAAGAGGAUCAAACCGGUGGAAGCUGGCCUCGACUAGAACUGGGAAGUGGGAGACGAUACCUGAAACUGGAGAACAAAGAGGACUCUGUGGACAAACUCCUGGACCAGUUGGAGCAUCAGUGUUCCUACUGGGAUAAGAGUUUUGGCUCUGGGCCAUUCCAGUGACAGAUGAUGGACUAAAAAAUACCUGAAAAAUAAUUAAAUAAAAUAUUUUUCUAUUUUCAAUCUUAAAAUAUUUGGAAUUAGAUAACAAAUGAUGUUAUACAAUAUAGACUAAAUUAUUUACCAGCAGAAUUUCCAAAAAUUACUUUGUUGGUGAAGUGUUGAAGAGCAACUAUGACUUUUUAAUUUGGAUGGAAGUAGUUGAAGCUUUACAUUUUUAAAGAGAAGAAGCAUCACAAAGUGCUUGCUGAAGAAAAGUGGAGAUAUUGCUUGCCUUUUCAGUUUGGUUUGGUAGUAAAACCCAUUCGUUUCUUGCCAAAUGGAUGGGUUUAUUUCCCAUACAAAAAUUGUGCACCGGUGUAAUGACACACAGUAGAGUUACUUCUCUAUAAACAUUUCUGAACCAAUUUAUCAGGGCUCAUGAGGCCAUAAAGUGCUGACAGCUCUCAAAAAAAUGGAACUGCUAUAUAAAAUGGGACAUCUUUUCUUAUGUCUCUAAUGACAAAUGCAAUGCAUGUUACAAUAGAACACAUAUGCAAACUAAAUGUCAAUGAAAUGUUGUUCUGCUAUUUGUCCAAAAUAAUUGUAACCUUUUCUACAACUUGGAUCUUAUUUUCUUGUUUGGCAAAUAUUUGUAUUGGUUCUGAUUACACUAUUUUAUCGUUUUUGUCCUCCCUUAAUGCCAGUUCACGUGGCAUAUUGUGACGUCAAUGUUUUAACUUUGAGCUACUCUUCCAAGUAUGCACUCAUAAUGUAGUUUCCUUGUAACAUGCACUUUGUGAAACUUAGCAUUUUCAACACAUCCAGUAAAAGGUGGGAUCUAAGUUCUUUAAGUCAGUGGUCCCCAACCUAGCCUAGUUGGUUGGUUAGGGGUCUCCAGGCUUAAAAUAACACACUGUUGAAACAGAAACUAUUUAAACACAUUUUAACAUCUGUAGACUUUGAGAGCCACUUUAUGAAACAUGCAUAUCUUUUGUUUUAUUUUUACUUCAGUGAAGUUACGCAACUCCCCUGACCAAACAUACUUCACUGAAGGUAUGUUUUUAGUGAAUGCAUGGUAUAUUUUUACCUCUGUUAAUGGUCACGUUUUCAUGUCCUGUACACAUUGAAAAAAGUUCUGUUUUUGAUUUUUUUUUUCAAAAGUAACUUUUAACAUAAUCUAAUGUUUACUUUUGCUGUAGAGUCAACUGUAGACAAGACAGUUGUUCUAGAGGUUCAAUCUAGAUCAUAUGUGUCAAACUCAAGGCCCGGGGGCUGAAUCCUGCCCGCUGUAGCUUUUCAUGUGGCCCCUAGACUCCAAAUUACAUCAAUAAGUCCUUCCAGUUUUUAACAAAUCUGCAAAAUUCCCACAAAAUCAACAGAUUCUCCAAUUUAUUUUUCAUAUGUUACAGUAAAUUUUUUCAAAAUUGGCCAGAAACAUGGAGUUUAAGUGACAGCUGCCUUGUCUAACUUGAUAUGAAGUUUUAGUGUGUAACUGAUACGGCGAGUAACAAAAAGUCACUUUUAACACAUUAGAGCAAAUAUCACAAAAAAUUCUUACAAACAUCUCUAAAUUGGCACCACAAAAUCUAUAAUGUGAUUGCAAAAUAACCCAAAACACUGAAACAAAAAACAACAAUCACAAAAUCUUGGAGGAACAUCUCCGUAUUUAUUGAUAAUUUAACUAUUUAUUUGGUUUUAUCAAUACAUUCUGGCCCAACCAGCCCUUAAGAACAUUCAAAUUUUUGAUGUGGCCCAAAAUGAAAAUGAAUUUGACAGCCCUGAUCUAGAGUUUUUAUGAAUGCUAUAUGGCUUAUUGUGCAACACCUUCAGCUUUAACAUUCACUGUUAACAUUGGAAACUAGAUGGAAAUGAGUAACAGUGUUAAGCACUUAUAUUUCCUGUGAUUAAGUAACAUAGUGCCUCAUCCUGUGAUUAACAUUGUUGUUAAGAUCCAAAGUUUUUAAAUAAGACCCAAGUCGUAAAAAGACAACCAUUUUUGUGCCAUCAGUAUUUUCUUAUUAUUAACAUGAAUGGUUUUUAAUUGAUUGUGAGUGUGUCUGUGUUUAUGUGGUCACCACACUCACAGACAUCCUUUACUUUCUCAGCCCUUGAUCUCAUCCUCUGAUUUCAAAGGAAGAUUGGUUCACAAGUCCACCUGGAUCUUGGGUAAUUCUUAAUGUCUGGGUGAGUUCCAGCAUUCUGCCUUUCAUGUUUCAGUGUUUGUGCUAUUUGUUGUAUUAUAUCAAACUCUUAAAUGUAUGCCAAGCAAUAUGAUCAAUCUGACAGAACAGUCAAUAGUAGUGUUUUGCCUUGUGUACGUAGCAGGUUUAAAUGUUAUGUUGCUAAUAUUAAACGUUCAGUUAGUAGGAGAUUUAAAAAAAAAAAAUAGCACUCUACAUGUCAAGACAGAUAUCAGCUUAAAUCAGAGCUGUGCUGUUGAUGUCUCAAUUAAAACUGUCCAAAAACUG